GAGAAAGAAAGCAAAAGCCCAGGCUCAGUUUUACAGCCUGGGAACCCUGUCCACAAAAAUGACAGCUAGAGCUUUCUGGCUUCUCUGUUUGAUCGUUGGAUCAUCUCCUGAAGCCCCAGUGGCAGAGCGAAAAGUCUCCUCGCCCCAAGACAGGAAGACUGAUCCCAGUGGCAGCCCGACGGCGGAGGAGACACCAGGACCCCCAGCGCAGCGGGUCUCCGAGGCCCCGCGACGGCCGCGCGCAGCUGAGGCCAACCCCCGCCCUUGGCCCGACCCGCGGCGCCGGAAGCCCCCGCCGCCUGCGGAGAACCGCGCCGGCUUCCGGGAGGCCGCGCGCGCACCCUGGGGCCCGCCGGGCCCGCGCCUCGAGUCGGCCGGGAACCGCGCGUCGCCGCACCGCGUACCCGCGGCCGAGAGCUCCUCGCGGCGCGCGCGCGCCAAGGCUCUGCGCUUCUCGGCCGCGCGGCUGCCCGCGCGCGCUGUCGAGAACUCCGCCGGCCCCGCCCACCCGAACCGGCCGCGCGCCGCCGCCCCGCCCCCAGGACCCGCGCCAGCGGCGCAGCUGCAGCGCCUCGAACCGCCAUUGGGGGCCACGGAUCCCAGCCCUGAGUUCUGCGCGCGCGCCUGCAGGGUGGACCUGGAGGAGCGCGAGUCCUACUGCGGGAGCGAAUUCGCAGUGAACGGAAUCGUGCAUGACGUGGACGUGCUCGGCAAAGGGAUCCAGCUGGUGACUCUGCUGGUGGAUCGGGAUGGGCUGUACAAGAUGAACCGCCUGUACAUCACUCCUGAUGGUUUUUUCUUCCGAGUCCAGAUAUUAGCCCUAGACUCCUCCAGUUGCAAUAAGCCAUGUCCAGAAUUUAAACCUGGCAGCAGGUAUAUUGUGAUGGGCCACAUCUACCAUAAGAGACGGCAGCUCCCUACAGCUCUGCUGCAGGUCCUGCGAGGGCGCCUUCGACCGGGAGAUGGCCUGCUCAGGAGCAGCAGCAGCAGCUAUGUGAAAAGAUUUAACCGAAAAAGGGAUGAUCAAGUUCAAGGUGCAAUUCAUACCCGAUGCAUUUGAAACUACCAUAAUGGCAUUUAUGGAUCUGGAAUUUGGCGAUUUGGAAUUCAGCAAAAAGACAUGAAAGGACUAUCUUCAUAUAAUGGGGUCUUCCUUUAGAAUUGGGUCCACAGCUCCUUUAUGAACUACUUGCAUAGUUCAAUUCAUAUUCAAGUUGGCACUGUUUCAUAUUUAAAAAUGCUUUGCUUUUUGCAAAUGUUAAUGCUUCUGAGCUCAGAGGCAGUUAUUUCAACAACAGUACCAGACAGCAAUUCACACAGCUCAGAUAACUGACCUGUCUGGUUAACAGAUCACUGCUUCAUGGUUAAGUUUAUUUUUAGUUAUUUUAAUUUAAAUACAUUCUCCAGUAGAAAUAGUUCACAAAAAGCAUUUCCUUGAAUUUAAAUAUACAACUCUGAAGUUUAUAUCACGUAUCAAGCCAAAUUUUAUAUUCAAACCAUCACAUUUUAAAUUCUGUACAACAGUAAGCACACUAAUCAGACAUUUAUGUAUGAAAUGUCAUUUAUAUAAAACACUGGGGUCAGAGCCCAUAUAAGUAUUAAAAUUUUACAUUUAAAGAGUACUAAAGGGCUUAAUUCAAGCAAAAUAUUAUUCAAGCAAGUGUUACUGAUGUACCAAAAUUAAAGAUAUAUUUUCAUGCCUCCCUACUCUAACUUAUAUAUUAUGCUGAACUGGGUGUUAUCCCAAUGCUAAAUGUAUUCUGCAUGUACCUGAUGUCAUUUUUUUAUUAAGAUGAAGUACCAUGUUUGUUUGGAAAGCAGUAAAUCUUGCCUGGAAAUCAGA